AUGAGCACUUGGUCGAGUCAGUUACGACACCACUACCGACAGUUGCAAGUAGCCUUGGGACGAGUUCGUAAAGAUCAAGUUCCUCCUUCCUCUCCGAGUCCUACGACACCUUCGGGAUCACGCCCACCGAGAUCUUCCCCUCCUUCGACCUCCUCCCCGAGACGGGCGAGCAGGGAGACUCAGGAGGAGCCACAGGGCGAAGCGGACACGGAAGAGGCGGAGCAGGCUACUGUGGGCCCUGAUGAAGUGGAGCUUCAACGAGACCAAGACUUGGUGGAUGACGAAGGCCCACCAAGUCCCUCAUGGCGGCGUCGAGGAGGUCAAGAUCGCAAAAGGCGAGACUCAGACUCGGAUGACAGCACCCGGGCCUUGGAAGAUUUGGAUCUUUGGGACAAGUAUGAUGAGUCCUUGCCUGAGGUCCUUCCCUCUGAAGUCCUUGGAUGGCUACUUUUGAGGCGAUCUGGAUUGGGACAUCAGUCCAGUUUGGCCGUGCAAUCAGCAGCCGGGAACUCCUUGAAGCUGGAGGAUAUCGAGAAGUCCCUCCGAUCCAUGGAGGACGAGCUCCUCAAUCAAGAACUACGACCUCGACACGGACUUGGACCUCCUGGCGGCAAAGGACGACAGCGCACCUAUUGGGUGAAAGAGGAUGGCGAGUGGUCAAUGUGGAUGGGUGACAACCGAGACUUGGAUGAAAUUUUCGAGGUGGGCGAAAUCCACUACGUGGGCAAGCGACUUCCUGCCCAGGUCCAUCCCGAGGUACCACUGCCUCCUCUUCAGGAUGAUUGGACUUUCUAUGGAUCCUGGUGGGAGCCCGAGCCUUACCAGGAAUGGGAUGGAGAACAGGACGCUGACGCCUGGUGGUAUGAUGACCUUCCGAUGGAGCAGCAGAAGGAGUUGGAAGAAGCCUAUGCCUUGGCAGACCAGAAAGCAAGGAGCUUUAUUGAAGCUCGACAGGCGGUCAAGGCCCGGAACCUUUCCAGAGGCUUCUACCCGUUCACUCCAGGCAACAAGGGCGGAGCCUUCAAGGGGAAGAAGGGCAAAGGAAAGAUGCGGCCCAAGGGGAAAGGGCCCUUCUCCUCUACGUCCUCUACGACGACUCCGGUGUUGGCGACUUCGGGCUCUGCCGAUGAACCCCAUCCUGGCUUCCUGGGUGCGGCCGUGGGAGAGCCUGGAUACACUGGAUGCUUCAUUUGUGGCUCGAAGCAUCAUGACUUCCGGUCGUGCCCCAAGCGUCAGUCAAAAGGUUCGGCCAAAGGACAGGUGCACUUUGCCAGUGAAAUGAUCUUUAUGAGUGAGGAGUGUUCCCCUCACCUGGAUGAGAUCUACCCGGUGACCGAGGAGCAGCCCAACGAGGCUAUCUACAGCCAGAGCUCCCCGGACGACCUUGCCGGUUAUGCAGUGCUGGACUCCGGGGCUACCGAGACGGUGGCCUCCCUUCCCGCGCUAGAGGCGCUUCUCAGGGUCCGUGGGGAUAAGAAUGCUUCCGGAGGGCCUCCCUCAUUCAAGGUCAUUGAGCAACCUGCCAAGAAGUUCAAGUUUGGAAAUGGUGAGUGCUCCCAGUCCUCCUCAUACCUUCUUUUGCCUCAGCAGAUAGGUGAUCAGCAGGUGGAGCUGGGCGUGUACACGUUGGAUGUAGUUGGGGUCCCCAUCCUCAUAGGCAUUAAGACAAUGAUGAAGUUGCAUGCCGUUGUGGACUUUGUGCAUUGCCGAGCCGUGUUCGCUGCGAUUGACCCAGGCCUGGUGGUUCCCUUGAAAAAGAGCAGAUCAGGACACCUCCUAGUGAGUCUGAAGGACAAUUGGUUGUCCCAAGGGCACCGCUUAGAUGCCAGGACUCUACAGCUCGAUCAUCUUCCCUCGGAUGCAAAAGAACCUUCAGCGUCGAGCUAUGUGAUUCAAGAGGUAGGUGGUUGCCGUGCCGGCGAUGCAGUUGCAGGCAGUCCUCUAGGAGCAGAACGUGUUGCUGAGUCCGUUGAGCAUGAGGUGAACCACGCGGUCAAGAAGCAGAGCGACCCCUUGGACGAAGAGCGCAUGGAAGGCCCGGACCCCUGCGAUCCUCGAUGUCAAGGGCCCCCAUGCUAUGGGAAUCACAAGGUGGCCAAGGCCUACAAGGGGAGUGUCACCGGAGCCAAUCAGUUUGCAGCUUGGACCGGUUGCGAGACUUGCAAACUGCGCCUCAGCUAUGCUCCAAGGAUGGGUUGUCACGGCAUUCACCGGAAGAGUGCCCCUCUGGCCAAGGAUGUGGAGUCUCUCUACAAGGACCUCCCCGCGGACACCGAGUCGUACCCCUCCAACCGAGAGAUUUCCCUCACUGCAGCGGAGAACUCUGCACUCCAAAGGUUGGAACAGUUGAGACGACUUCGUCAAGGGCAGCCCGGCGCCAAGGAGAAGGGGGACAAAACAUCCGUGAUCCCCCAGAAGAAUCAGGACCAUCCAGACAAGACCUCCGUGAUCCCGCAGAAGAAUCAGGUUCAUCCAGACAAGACCCCCGUGAUCCCGCAGAAGAAUCAGGACCAUCCAGACAACGACCUUGUGAUCUCUGCGGUCAACCAGGUAGCCACAGGGAGUCUGUCCAGUGCGUCGAGAACUCCCAAGGCACCACAGUCGCAAGGCAUCUCGUCCCAGCGAAGUAAUCCCCGAGGAUCUGGAGAGGACAACCUAGAUAGUUCGGUACAGCCCGAGCUCUUCUACACUGUCUUGGCCAAUGCAGACGAAGUGGAGGCGCAUGCACAGCACCUGCGGCUCCAAGAGCAUUACGGCUAUGAGCACAUGGAGUCCCUCAUCGAGCUCAUGAUUCCAAGAUCUUCUUCCCCGACGAGAUCACUUUCUUCACCAGAACGGAAGAGAAGUUUUUCUUUGGUCUUUGGGCUGUAUGCGCAUGGUAGUUACUUUGGCCACACGCGGGACACCAGGCAGUAUCCACAAGUGUGCCGUUACUUUAACGAAUGCCUGCGCCGGUUGACACCUGAAGGCCCCACAAGCUGGACAUCCUUUACCAUCUUGGUGAACAUGAAGGGGGCCAUGCAUCUCGAUGCUCACAAUUUGACCCACUCCAGUAACUUGGCUAUUGGAUUGGGCUCUUACACUGGGGGAGAACUCUGGGUAGAGCGACGAGAUGGUGAUGAGUUUGAUGUCCAGGCUCCAUUGGCGUGGAAGGAGAUUCCCGGAGGAACUCGAGCUCCGGGACAGACGAUGACCACCUGGCACCGUCCAGUGACGUUUUCGCCAAAACGAUAUCACCUAACGUUGCCCUGGACUGGAUCCAGGUAUGCUGUGGUGGCGUAUACGGCCCGGAGCCUUCGAGAAGCCUGUCAAGACCAAGAGCUGAUGCGUGAGCUUCGGAAUCUUCGAUUCCCAGUUCCUCUUCCUCCACAACCAGAACGCCUCCUCUACGCAGAUGAGCAGGAUGAGCCUUUGGAGGGCAACUUCCUGGAGUUCCAGGAGACGGUGACUUCUGCUGACAAGGAGGCUAUCCUCGCCGCUUACGUGAACUUCGAGGAAGGCCUCAACGAGAUCUUUUCGUUGUAUCCGUCUUCGACAACUACCAAGGUAGCCAACUUGUGCACUCCCUGGCUGAAACCUCUGGAGGCGGAGUGCGCGUUCCAGAAUGCUGAUUGGACAUAUGCCAUGCUUUCCCGUCGAGACGGGUGUGAUUUGUCCACCAACGCCGGCUUCCAUCAGGCCCAGAAGAGACUUCAAGAACUACAACCUGAAUGGCUUUGGUGCCAUGUUCCCCAAGGACCACCUGUCAUCUUUGAGAAGGAUGAGCCUUGGGUGGACCUUCGUGAAAGGAUCAAGGCCCGCCGGUACCUGAAGGUGGUUCGUCACCUCUUGCUUCUCUCGCGAGACCACCUGGCCCGAAAAGGGAAACUGGUUUGGUUGGCUCCUUCUGCCAGCCAAGUGUGGACCGUGACAGAAGUGAACAAAUUCUGGCGGUGUCAUGGUCAAGGGUCAGUGACUAAACCUACCGAGGGUGUGACCCUGGCUUCCAAUGUUGAAGAAGUUCGAAACCUUUCCUCCUCCGCGACUCCGGUGCGCUUGUGGGAGGAUUUGAUUGAGUCCACCAAGGCAGCAGCGACUUGGUUGAUGAACGAUGAAGGAGAACUUCCUAUCUACCCGGUUGAUACUAGCUGCCUGGAGACCUUGACUACGACGGAGCUCGAGAAGCUCUUCAACCAUGUACGGCAGCUUCAUCGACGGUUCGGACACCCCUCCAACAGGUUGCUGGUCAAGAAUCUCAUUCACCGGAAUGCUGAUGAGAAGGUGAUUGCAGCGGCCUCUAAGUUGGAAUGUGAUGAGUGCCUGGAAUCCCAAAUUAAGUUUCCCUCGCCUGCUGUGAACUUGGACAAGUGCGACAAGUUAUGGUCAUGCCUCCAAGCAGACGGGUUUCAUUUGCGAUGCGGGUCCAAGGUCUACCAUUUCCUCCUCAUGGUUGAUGAGGCCAGUGGCUUUGCUGUGAUCAGGGAGAUGUUCUCCCAUCCUGAGGAGGAGCACCGCAAUAUGACGGGGCCCGAGGUGGUUCAGACUCUCCAGGAGGCUUGGUUCCAGUAUUUCGGCUACCCUGAUACCUUGAAACUGGACUUGGAAGGUGCCCUGCGGAGCACCGUGCUGCGUGAAGCCUGCCUGGAUAAAGGGAUCGAUUUGAUCUCUGCUCCAGCGGAGUACCACGAAACGAUUGCGGACGUUGAGAGGGAGAUUGGCUAUGCAGCCCUGGCAGCUGUGACAGCCCACAACAGUUUGGGUCGGGUUCAUGGUUUCUCCCCUCUGCAAUGGGCCCUAGGCCGAGAUAUGUCACUUGGAGGCCGUCUACAUGAAGCUGAAGGAGAUGUUGUUUCCUCCACCCGCACAACGUCCUUCGACCAACAGUCGAGCUUACGUGCGGAAGCAGAGCAGGCCUUCCUCAAGCACUGUGCUCAUCAGCUGGCCUCCCGAGCCAAGAAUGCCAAGGUCCGAACCCAAGUCCGCUUCUUCCCUGGAGAUUUGGUGUAUUUCAGGAGGUACAAGGUGCCAGCCGACUUACCGGCUAACUCUUGGGUUGAUCGGCCUCGACUUCGUGGAGCUCGUUGGUAUGGGCCCGCCAGAGUUCUAGCCAGCGAGACAAAAGUUGAGAUCGGGUCUCGCAAACCCUCACAGGUGGUGUGGGCUAUCUCAGCAGGACGGCUGAAGAAGUUUCAUGCCACCCAGCUCCGCCACGCCUCCCCAGGAGAGAAGCUCACUCAAGAAGCCUUGAGAGAUGUCACAAUGCCAUGGACUAUGACUUCCCUGACCCGGCUCCUUGACAAAGGCUCUUAUGAGGAUGAAACUCGUACGAAGGCAGCCAGAUGGCCACAGCUGAGUCGAAAGAAGAAAGGAACAUCUCGGCGAGGCCUAGUACCUACUGCUCGGCCUCAACCUCCUGAACAGGAACCAUGCGCGGACCUCCCUCGACUACGUGAGCCUCCUCUUGCUCUCGGCGGUGAACAGCCUGGAUCUGAUGAUGAAAUGUUGACCGACGCUGAGAUGCAAAUGCGAAUGAAGCGACCUCAUUCUGGUGACGAAGAUGAUCGUCUCGAUGUUGAGCGCCUCUUGGGGGACCCAAGCUAUCUGCCACGACCUGCCGCUUCCUCCUUUCAGGAACAACGUCACCGGCAUGAACAGAGCGACCGACCAUGGCAUGUUCAAGUGGGCCAGUUGAUGUAUACCGAGGAGGAGUUCAAUGACGGUGUCUACUCAGUGGUGUUGGACAUGCCGGCUAACGACAAGGAGUGGCGAAAGGUCCUGAAGGAUCCCAAGAAAUUCUUGGCUAAGUCGGUCCAGAAGGGUGUUGAAGUUAGCUGGAAUCGAUUGGAUGACCAACAAAAGAGAGCGAUGACUGAGGCGAAGGAAGCUGAGGUCAGUUCCUGGCUCUCCAACAAGGUGGUGAAAGCAGCCCUUCCACACAUCAGUUCCGACCAGGCCUUAAAGAUGAGGUGGAUCUACACCUUCAAGGCAGCUGAGCCCGGGAAGGUCAAAGCGAAGGCACGGAUGGUUAUCCUAGGAUUCUCGGAUCCUUCCUUGUUGGAGCAAGAAACAUCGGCGCCAGCGAUGUCCCGUCAGAGCAAGAUGUUGUUCUUCAAUUAUGCUGCUGCCAAGAAGUGGCGAGUGCUGGCCGGAGAUGUGAAAACAGCUUUCCUUCAAGCUAGAGCUCCAGACCGCAAACAUCCUCUUUUCGCCAGGCCACUUCCAGAACUUUCGGCAGCUAUGGGUUUGCUGCCCGAGCAGAUGGUUGAGCUGAUGGGUUCCGCGUACGGCCUUACUUCAGCCCCUCGAGAGUGGUUUCAAGAUUUGACAGGAACUCUUCGGCGACUGGAAGCCGAACCCUGUGUGACCGAUCCUUGCCUCUGGCGGCUUUUUAGCGAGGAUGGCAAGAAGGUCAUCGCCCUUGUUGGCCUCUAUGUCGAUGACAUCCUGUUCUGCGGAGAUGAAGGAGAAGAGCGAUACAGUACCUUCCUUCAUGAGCUCCAUCAAGCCUAUGCUUGGAGCCCCUGGGAAAGCGACAGCUUCUCGCAUUGCGGUGUUCGCAUUCAGCAGUUUGCCGAUGGAAGUAUCCUCCUGGACCACAGCGAGUUUUGCUCAGAGCUGAUGCAGAUGCCUUCAAGGGAGAAAGGAGACACCUCGGAGAUGAAUCCCCAGGAGAUCUCCCAGGCUAGGGCCAUCCUGGGAUCGGCGCAAUGGCGCGCUUCCCAGACCGGACCGCAGCACAGUGCAAAGGUGUCCUACUUGUUGUCACUCCUCUCAACGAAGAGCUGCGAGGUAAUCGAGCAAGUGAAUAAGCUCAUAAGGGAGAUCCACUCGGCGAAGCACGUGAGCGUUCGAGUGCAACAGCUGAAUGGCGACCCCUCACAACUUAUGUUCGUGGGGUGGACGGAUGCUGCUGUCGCCAAUAGGCCAGACCUCAGUUCGACUGGAGGAUUUCUGUUUGGCCUGAUGCAUCCUGAAGAAGUUCGCCAAGGAUUUGGGAAAGUUAAUCCCAUCACGUGGCGCUCCGGACGUUUGCAUCGAGUGGCAAGAAGCAGCUUGUCUGCUGAGACCCAAUCGCUCGCAGACUUAGAUGGCGAGCUGAUGUUUGCACGCCUAACGUGGGGCGAACUACUAGGCCAUCGAGUGAGCCUCCCAGAGAAGGACCGCACCAUCCGAGAAGUUCCAGCCCUCAUGGUCAUCGAUGCAAGAGCCCUUUACGAUGCCCUCGAACGUGGCGACCUUACCAUCUCCAACAUGAAGGAUAAAUAUUCUGCAUUGGAGACAUUGGCUCUGGCUCAAAGCAUCGCACAACAAGCUACCAGUCUUCAGUGGACCGACAGCGACCAUCAGCUGGCGGACGGAUUAACGAAACUCCAGAAGCAAGAUGUUAUUCGCAAGUUUUUGAUCAACGGAUGCUGGAGACUUCGCUACCCAGGUGCUUUUAUGAGUGCUAAGAAGCGAAGAGCGCUGGAAGCAGCCUUGCCAUCGGGAGCCUGGGACCAGGAGCACUGA